CCCCUAGAACAUCGGAUUGGAUUUGGCUUCUCCUCACCGCAGCCAUGGAGUGGCAGAAGAUGAAGAAAACCGGCCUGCCUGUCCUGCUGGCCCUGCCGGCCUUGGUGUGGUUUGCGGCCACCUGCGCCGGCCUGCAGGUGCUUUGCCUGCUGCUAUGGUUUUCUGGCAUGAAGCAGGAGUAUUCAAAGGCAGUACGAUUCCUCAUCGGCGUGAUGCAUAGGCCACUCCUGUACUUGAUGGAGUACUCUGGCAGCAGGGUCUACGCCUACUCUGACGGCGACUUGAAGGACAUCUUCACCAAGAUCGGCUUCAAUCAGUCCCUGAUCAUGUCCAACCAUCGAGGGGACCUGGACUGGCUGAUCGGGCUUAUGGUGGAGGACAAUGGCGGGGGGCUAGGUUGUUGCAAGGCCAUCGUGAAGCGGGAGCUCAUCUUCCUGCCCUUCUUCGGCUUCUCCUGGUGGGCGGCGGACUUCAUUUGCAUCAACAGG